AUGUCGAGCGCAAAUUCGCCAUUCGUGAAAGGUGAAAAGCGGAUUUUCCGUGGUGCGGCAGGCGUGAACUUGGAAUCGCGAAAUUAUGAUAAUCUUGGAGCGCCAGAUGAUUGGCAAGACGACUUGAUAUCGAUUCUCUUCAGGAAGGCGAUAUCUUUGGACGAGAAUGUUUGUGACUCACUUGAUGAUUUGGAAGACGCAUUUCAAGCGUUUGAAAGUACGCCUGGUCGUUUUGUUAACCCCAACCAGCAAGUUCGGAAAGUGUUCGCUAGCGAUAAGGUCUACGGCGAGUGGGAAGUCGUUGGGGCAGCCACAGAAAGUCCGAGUCAAGGAGAGAUCCUCAAUUUAUCGCAAAUUAAAGAAGAACUCCGAGUCAUUGAGGACGAUCAAGAAAAAGAGGAAGAUUUUGAUGUAGAAGAAGACGAGGAAGAAAUUGAUGAGAACUUCAACGAAAAAUCACCAGCAAAGACACGAAAAACAGUAGAAAAGACGCACAGUCAGAGAGCCACAUGGAAAGAAGAACGUGAAAUUAGGACAGAUUGGCCAGACGAUUUGGCAGAAAUGUGCCAAUCCUGGUACCUGGCGGGGCAAAAGCUGGGAGUUUUUCUUCAAAAACAAGCCAUGAAAAGUUCAAAAUAG